AUGCAAAAGACAAAUAUCUACCAAAAUAACAGGCUGAACUGUAACAGCUCACCAAAAUAUAACAACAUCAUCUCCAACAGUUAUAGCAUCUCUGUAGGACCUCCUGUUCUCUACCAGCUGAGACCAAACAAAGGGGUGCCUAGAACUCCGACCAGAAUAACUGUUGGAGAAAAAAAUCCAGACAAGGCAAAUAAAACAAUCUUACUUGUUGGUGAAACAGGAGCAGGAAAAUCUACUCUGAUCAACACUCUGAUCAACUACACCAUUGGAGUGAAGUGGGAGGAUAAAGUCUGGUUUCAGAUCGUAGAGGAGGAGAAGAAAACUCAGACAGAAAGUCAGACAUCAGAUGUGAUUGUGUACGAGAUCUUUGGUUUUGAAGAUGAAACCCUUCCCUACUCUCUGACCAUCAUCGAUACUCCUGGAUAUGGAAACACCAAAGGGACUGAACAUGAUGACAUCAUCAGUGAAAGAUUAUUGGACUUGUUUCAAUCAGAGGAUGGAGUUCAUGAAGUUCAUGCAGUGGGUCUGGUGAUGAAAGCAACGGAUAAUCGAAUGAGUGACCGACCAAUAUAUGUGUUUGAUUCAGUGAUGUCUCUGCUUGAAAAAGACCUGGAGAAAAAUAUCGUAGCUCUCAUCACACACUCAAAUGGAAGAAGACCAAAAAGUUCUCUUCAAGCUCUUGAAGAUUCAAACAUUAAAUGUGCCAGAAAUGAGAAGAAUCAGCCCCUUUACUUCCUGUUUGAUAACUGCCAGCAUGAAGACCGAACAGAGGAAGAAGAAUUUCUGACAACUGCAUAUAAAAAAUCAGAGAGAGGAAUAAGAGAGUUCACAAUGUUUCUUGAAAAGACUUCACCUCAAAUAUUGCAGAAAACUGUGGAAGUUUUGAAUGAACGAAUCAGACUGGCAUCCUGCAUUCAAAACCUGCAAGAGAAAAUCAGACAGGGUAAAGUGACACAGACAAAGAUCAGAUCGAUUCAAGAAGCUCUGAAGAAACACGACGAAGAGAUAAAGAAGAAUGAGAAGUUCAAUAUCGAAGUUACUGAGAAUUACAAAGAGAGAUCACCUAUAGAUUGUUCAAAGUGGUGGAUUUUUGAGAGAGCUGUCUGCUGCACUGUCUGUGAGGUGAAUUGUUGCUACAGCAAAGCAAUCUGGAGUCAUGAAAACUGUGAGGUCAUGAAAGAUGGCCGCUGCACUGUUUGCCUCAAUAGAUGUCCUGCAUCAAAACAUGAGAAACAAAAGUGGGCGUAUGUGGACAAAACAAGGAAAUUUCAGAAAACUGAUACUGAAAUGAAAGAGAAACUGGAGCAGAUUGCUCUGAAAGCUGAUUCAGCGUCCACUAUUGUCCACUUGGACUUCCUGAUUGAGGAGAUGAAGGAGAAAGGAGACACAGAGAAGGUCCAGAAACUGGAAGAGAUGAGAAGCAGAGUGGGUGAAGAGACUAAAGCUGCUCUACAGUACAUGUGUGCAAAACUAACAGUAGCUGAGAAUGUAGCUAAAGAUCAAGAAGAGGAACAGCACAGCUAUGAUAUGUCUGCAGGAAACCCGGAUGCGGGCGAUUCUGGGACCGACGUGGGACAGCAGGUCCUCAAACUGGCCGAGUGA